AUGGCUGCUUUCAAGACAUUGCCCACUCGCCCGUUAGGCCGCAAUGGGCCUCUGGUUCCUCGACUCGGAUUGGGGCUUAUGGGUGCUAGUGGAAUGUACGGCCACAAUCUCUCAGAAAAUGAGAGAUUCGAAUUGCUAGAUGAAGCAUACAAGCGAGGGGAAAUAUUCUGGGAUACAGCCAACGAGUAUGGCGACUCUGAAGAUGUUAUUGGAAAGUGGCUUGCCGCGAACCCUGAAAAGCGCCAGGACAUCUUCCUCGCAACCAAAUUUGGUAUUCAAACGAGCCCCACGCCUCCCGGGUUUAGCUUCAACUCUACGCCGGAACAUUGCAAGGAGGCCAUUGAGAAAUCGCUCAAGCGCCUUGGAAUACCAUUUGUCGAUCUAUACUACGUUCACCGCUUGGAUAAGAAAACACCCAUUGAGAAAACUAUGCAAGCGAUGGUCGAGCUUAAGAACGCCGGGAAGAUAAAGCAUAUUGGAUUGAGCGAAUGUAGUGCCGAGUCAUUGCGGCGUGCAUAUGCGGUUCACCCAAUCACUUGUGCGCAAAUGGAAUACAGUAUUUUCUGUACAGACAUUGAGUCGCCCAAGAGAAAGUUCCUGGAGACAGCACGGGAGCUGGGCGUUGCCAUUGUCUGCUACAGCCCACUUGCAAAUGGGCUGCUAACUGGGAAAAUCCGUUCACAUGAGGAUGUUAGCAAGCCUGGUAGCAAGCUGAAUUUUUUGCCAUGGUUUAAAGAAGAGAAUUUUGAGCAGAACAUCCGUAUUAUCGACCAAAUUGCUGCCAUUGCAAAGGCGAAGGGUAUCACUAUGCCGCAGCUUGCUCUUUCUUGGUUGCUUGCUCAAGGCGAUGAUAUCUUUCCGAUUCCUGGUUCUUCGAAGAUUGAACGUCUGGAAGCAAAUCUGGAAAGUCUUUUUGUGAAAUUAUCAGAGGCUGAAGAGAAGGAGCUUCGUCAAUUGGGUGAGAAGAAUGUUGGUGGUCGGUUCCAGGAGACAACUGGCGUUGCAUUUGGAGAUACGCCAGCUUUGUAA